AUGGGCAAAUACAUGGUGGAUGGCUGCAGGGAGUACUGCCCAAAGAACCCUAACACUGACCUCCUUUGUGCUGCUUGCGGUUGUCACCGGAACUUUCACAGGAAGGUGACCAUCUUCGACCUUGAGAUGACUGAAACCAGUGGCAACUACAGUCCUGGUGGUCAGAACAUCAUCACCCCGAAAGAAGAGAGCUUCGACCUUGAGGUAGCCUUGCCGAUGCUCGACACCGGCGGAGAGGAUGAGAGGUCGAACCAGCUGGUCACAUCGGCACAGCAGCAUAAGAUAAAGCCUGAAUCUGAAUUCAUGGACGAGCUGGUCGACCAGAUGCGAGCUUUUUCUGAGAGGCUGGGGUGGUCGACGAGGUACCGCACCCGGGAGGAUGAGAUUAAAGGGUUUUGUGCCCACAUGGGUAUCAGCAGGACGGUGUUCAAGACGUGGCUGCACAGCUUUACUAAUAAUUAUGGUCGUGGAUCUAGCUCUAAGAAAAAUCGUUCCUCGGCGAGGGACAAGAUCUGA